CCGCACGGCACGGAGCGCACGAAACCAACGUGAAUCGCUGACAUUUAAGUGAAGCCCCCGCCCCCCUUCUGCUGGCUCUCUGAUGUUUUCCUUUUUAAUGGACUGACUGCGACAGCUGUCAAUGCCUGGUUCAUCUCCGUGAAGUUAGGACAACGCCGGAGUAAUGCCGCUGGCUCGCAGCCUGUCUGUCACAUCCCUGUCGGGGCUGGAGGAGUGGGACGAGGAGUUUGAUUUGGAGGAUGCUGUUCUUUUUGAAAUUGCCUGGGAGGUCGCGAACAAAGUUGGAGGCAUCUACACCGUCAUCCAGACCAAAGCCCGUCUGACCGCGGAGGAAUGGGGGGAGAACUAUUUCCUGGUGGGUCCCUACGUGGAGAGCAAUGUGCGCACUCAGGUGGAGCUGAUCGAGCCCACCAACCCCGUGCUAAAGCGAACCAUUGACAAGAUGAACGCCAGUGGCUGUAAGGUCUACUUUGGCCGCUGGCUGAUUGAGGGCAGUCCUUAUGUUGUUCUAAUCGACGUUGCCUUCACUGCCUGGUCCCUGGACCGCUGGAAGAGCGAGCUGUGGGAGCUCUGUGACAUCGGCGUGCCCUGGUUCGACCGUGAGGCCAACGAUGCCGUAUUGUUUGGCUUCCUGACAGCUUGGCUUCUUGGAGAGUAUGUCGCCCAGAGCGAGGAGCCUCCAUAUGUUGUCGCCCAUUUCCACGAGUGGUUGGCCGGUCUGGGCCUGGUGUUGUGUCGACACAGACAGCUGCCUGUUGCAACCAUCUUCACCACCCAUGCCACACUGCUGGGACGCUACCUGUGUGCCGGAAAUGUGGAUUUCUAUAACAACCUUGCAGAGUUUAAUGUGGAUAAGGAAGCCGGCGACAGACAGAUCUACCAUCGCUACUGUCUGGAGCGAGCGGCUGCACACUGUGCCCACGUCUUUACCACAGUGUCACAAAUUACAGCCAUUGAGGCAGAACACCUGCUCAAGAGGAAACCAGACGUUGUCACUCCCAAUGGUCUCAACGUGAAAAAGUUCUCAGCCGUGCAUGAGUUUCAAAAUCUCCACGCUCAGAGCAAAAAUCGGAUCCAGGAGUUCGUCAGGGGACACUUCUACGGGCAUCUUGACUUCAACCUGGACAAGUGCUUGUUCCUUUUCAUAGCUGGAAGGUACGAAUUCUCCAACAAAGGAGCCGACCUCUUCUUGGAGGCUUUAGCCAGACUCAACUAUCUGCUGAGAGUCAACCACAGCGAUGUGACGGUCAUUGCAUUCUUCAUCAUGCCUGCUCGGACAAACAACUUCAACGUGGAGACGCUGAAGGGCCAAGCAGUCAGGAAGCAGCUCUGGGAUACAGCUCAGACUGUGAAGGAACGCUUCGGAAAGAAACUCUAUGAGUCUCUUCUAGUUGGACAGCUGCCAGAUGUGUCGAAGAUGCUGGACAAAGAGGAUUUCACCAUCAUGAAGCGUGCCAUCUUUGCGACUCAGAGACAGUGCCAGCCUCCAAUCUGUACCCACAACAUGCUGGAGGACAGCAGCGACCCAAUUCUCAACUGCGUCCGCCGCAUCGGCCUUUUCAACAGCUCCGCGGACAGAGUCAAGAUUAUUUUUCAUCCAGAGUUCCUGUCGUCCACCUCCCCUCUACUUCCGAUGGAUUAUGAGGAGUUUGUAAGAGGAUGCCACCUCGGCGUCUUCCCCUCUUACUAUGAGCCUUGGGGCUACACACCAGCUGAGUGCACGGUCAUGGGAAUUCCUUCUAUCUCUACCAACCUUUCGGGCUUCGGCUGUUUCAUGGAGGAGCACAUAGCAGACCCAACAGCCUAUGGUAUUUACAUCCUGGAUCGGCGGUUCCGGGGGGUUGACGAGUCAUGUAACCAGCUCACUUCGUUCCUGUUCCAGUUCUGCAAGCAGAGCCGGCGCCAGCGGAUUAUCCAAAGGAACCGGACCGAGCGCCUGAGUGACCUCUUGGACUGGAGAUACCUCGGCAGGUAUUACAUAUCUGCCCGUCAUAUGGCCUUGGCUAAAGCCUUUCCUGACACCUACCUGUAUGAACCUCAUGAUCCCACAUCGACUACAGGUUUCCGUUACCCCCGACCAGCCUCGGUGCCACCCUCUCCGGCUCUGUCCCGCCACUCCUCUCCCCGUCACAGCGAGGCCGAAGACAAUGACGAAGACGAGCGCUAUGACGAGGAUCUGGAGGCAGAAAAGGACCGAGUGAACAUCCGUCAGCCCUACUCCAUGCCGUUCAAAAACAAGUUGUCCACUGCCAACGGAGCCAAUGGGAGCAGUGAUGGUGAUGCAAGCGAGAAAAACUAAGAUGGACCCACACACGCAUACAGUACAUGCUACACCUCACUAGUGAAACUCCGUCUGUGGCAGUCGUUGCAGUCAUCCGUAUACUUGCAAAUGUUACAAAUGAGUGCAGUUGUGUGAAUGCACGCAAUGAAUUUGAUAUUGGCAUGUUGUGAAAAAAUUGCAUCACUGUCAGUGUCUUCCCGACCUGUGUGUACCUCAGACUUUUUACAAAUAUCCGUCAGUUUCGGCAUCGUUUCAGUUACACCAGCAGUGCAGCCAGUGAUAUGCUUUAGGGGAUAAAUGUAGCAGCUAAGAAAGGGUUAAAUGACAGCUCAAUGUGGAGAAAAAAAAUCAGGAUUGCUGGAUUUUAUAGUAUACCAACACUGGAUAACAUAGGUCUAAAGCAUUGGAAAAACUAACAGGAUUAUUAUGAGUUUCUGGAGAUGGGUUUUAUACUUAAUUCAAAGGUGGGUCAGAGCAGGGAAUACAACAAAACCCUCUUUUCUACCAGCUUGUCAUCUUAAUGCAUUUAAAGCAGAUUUAUUUUCCUGUGAGAAGUCCCACGUAAAGACGUUAGACUCUGUCAGCAUCUGUUCUCGUGUCUCACUUAUAUUGACGAUGUAGCGUUUCAAACACAAUUGUCCACCUUGUUGUAGCCUUUUUCUUUCUUUCUUUCUUUCUUUCUUUUUUCUAAUGCCUUGUUUACUACAAAACUUCCCAGAAUGGAAAUAAGAUGCUGAGCACACACAUGCACAGGUAGCAUCAGAAAAAAGAAAUACUGUCCUUUUGAGAAUAGCAUCAGCAGGUGUGUGUUUUUCAUUUCGUUUCUGCGCCUUAUUGUGUCAGUGAUGAUUGCUGGUGAACAACCUCAUACUCCUACAGUGUGUUUGUGUGUGUGGUGUGGAGAUGGUUUAUCCUCAGUUUGCUUGUAUUUAUAUGUGAAAGGAAAAGAGGUGGAAAAAAACAGGAUUGUGUUCUGAGAUGGCAUCUAUGUUUUUUGAGAUGGCAGAUCUAAGAGAAAGUGCUACAGAAGGAGCUAGAGGACAUCUUUAAUAUGUGGAAAAAGGUUUUACCAGGCGUUUACUCACUACUCCCUGUAAGAGUUGUAUCAUUUGCUACAAUCUUGCACCUGAUGAACUUAUAAUAAAGCCGAAAUAUAUAUAUAUAUUUCAGAUAUAUGAUGUAAAUACACCUGUUAGUGUUUUACAAAUAAUGUCUCUUCUUUCAUUGUGCACAUGCAGUUUAUUGAAACACAUAUCCAAGAGUCUGUAUGGUUUUCACAUUCUCAGUAACACACUGAUGCAGUGAGCCAUCGUCCACAAAGCAUAACCACCAUAAACCAUCUAAUUUAUCUGGAGUUUUGCAGUGGUUCUUCCGUCUUGUAGGUAAAUCCUCCAUCGUCCUCGCCUGCUUCAGCACAAGUAAACUCUACCCCCGUGACCUUUGCAAACUGAGAGGAGCAAGAAAAUAAACGUUAAAUCUGAAUUUUUACGACAGAAAAAAAAUCUCACUUCAGUUUACAUUAUAGCAGAUGUGUUGCAUAACUAUUUCCAAUCCACUCUGUACUUGGUAGUGAUGUAAAGUUACAUAAAAUUUAAGUAAUAUACUUAUGCAUAAAUUUGAGGUACUUGUACAUUUCUUGUGCUACUUUGUAGGCCACUGCUAUUUACUAUUGCAGCUUUUCAAAUUAGUAGUAAUAGCAACGCACUGAAAACUGUUUUUUAUAUCGGAUGUUGUUUGCAAAGUUGCUUAAACUGACAGUGUGUUGUAACUAAACUGGACCUUAUAGGGAACUCUGUCAAAAAAAACCCCACCAUGAAGCACUUCAGUCCAUUUAAAAUCAUCACAAAACUCCACAUAUCAUUGGUAAAUUUAAAUCUAAAAAAAAAAUACAGAAUUACCAAACAGUAUGGUGAAUUUGUAAAGCAAACCGGAAUCUGUAAAGGCCAUGUUUGUGCAGCACAACAUUUUCAGGCAGAAGUAUUUUUGGCAUUAAGUCGAGGAAUGUUCGUGCAGCUGUGAACUUAAAGUUAUAAGUUUUGCUUUUACAAAUUAUACAGAUAAAUACUGACCUCAUCAGAAGAUUUAAAGUGUGGAAAUAAUAGCGUUUGUUGCUUCAUAGCGCAAGAAGGAAGUCCUAUAUAAUCUAAAAUGUGAGCCACAGGGGAGAUCUUUCUGUAGAACUUUACAUGCAGGACUUUUAAUUGAAUAUCUUGGUGCUUUUUAGUAGAAAGUGCUGUCAGGCAAGACUUACAGAGUAAACUAUUCCAGAAGGAGUCGUAUGUCGCGUUGCCGGUCACAGCCCCAAGUUUGGCUGGAUUCCUCCUCACUGUGUGCACCGAGAAACCAUCAGGCCCACUGACCUCCACCUCCACCACAUGAUAAUCACUUAACCUGCGGCAUGAAGGAAUGUGAAACUGGAUAAUACAAGGAGACGUGAAUGGCUGAAUGAGGUCAGAUUUUUGGAGAGACUCACGCUGUGUCUGAUACAAUCUCCCCCUGGACACCAGCAAAGCCAAGCGUUCCCGCUGCCAGUGCCGCUGCUGCCAUGGUGUUCACAUUGUUUGGCGCAAUUGGGCACAAUUCUGCCACUGAGCCUCUGAAUAAAACUCUCCGGCCCUCUCCCUCUGUCCAAUCACUGAGGACGUCUCCUGUGAGCCGGAAGCAGGAUGGAUGCUUGGACAUUCUGAUAAACAAAGCCUGAAAAGAAGCCAAGAGAAAAAAGGGUUGAAUUAGAGCACAGAGAAGUUCACCAGAGACAUGCACGGCCAAAUUUAGCAACACUGAGCCACAUUCAGCUGCUAGUAUGCUCACGUUACUCAAGCAAAAGCAAUGUCAGCUUCAUAUUUGUAGUCCAAAAUCUGUGUUGAGUUUGUUUAGCAAAAAAAGAUCUGGGCAAACAGGAUCCACUCUGGCCACCAGCUGUUCACCCUGCUGCCAUCAAGGAAGAGACUCAAAUUAUACAAAUUUACACACUGUCAAGAGCCACUGCAUGCCUCGCUAUAACUCCACAAUACCUUCAAUUUCCCAUUGUCAUUCAUCCUCUGGAUGUCUUGGCCUCCCCAUAAUGCACCAUUGGGGAUGUAGAGCGUCCUUUCAUACUGCAGAGCAGCCUGACGCAGCUUCUGGUUCAGAUCCGGAUCAGAGAGGGCCGAGGGAGAUCCCACC